AUGGUCCGGAAUUACAUACGUAAGAAAGCUCCUCCAGCCUAUAGCAAAAACGAUUUGAAAGAGGCAGUACAAGCAGGGCAAAGAAGUACUCUAACAUUAUAUAGAGCUGCAUUAUUGUACAAAAUACCCAAAACUACUUUAUUUACUCAUGUAAAGGGUAAACGGGGUAUAAAAAGUAAUACGGGGGGUAGGGCACCAGCUCUGCCUUAUGAUGUAGAACAAAAAUUUUCCAACAGUAUCAAAAUACUCGAAAAAUGGGGUAUGGGACUAUCAAAGAGAGAAGUUCUUCAACUAAUUGGGCGGUAUGUGAAAGAAAAUAAUAUAGUAACCCCUUUCAAGAAUGGAGUUCCUGGCAAUGAUUAUUUCGUCAGAUUCACGAAAGCAUUUCAUUUAAGCCAGAAAAAACCGCAAUCUGUGGAAGUGGCUCGAAAGAGGUAUAUGGAUCCAUUUGUUAUGUAUGAUUACUUCAAUAUCCUCAAACAGCAUAUUGAAAAUAUCCCAGCAUCGCAAAUUUAUAAUAUUGAUGAAACCGGUUUCUGCCUGGAUCCAUCCCGGAUAAAAGUUGUUGGAGAGAACGGUAGAGCAGCCCAUAGGACAACAAGUGGUCCAGGACGAGAGAAUAUAACAGUUCUCCUUGGGGGAAACGCUGCAGGUGAAAAACUUCCUCCACUCGUAGUGUUCAAGGGUAAACACAUAUGGAAUAGUUGGAUUCCAACUGAGGAAUAUCCGGGAAUGACUUAUUCAGCCACUAUAAAUGGGCGGAUGGAAACGGAAACCUUUCAAAAAUAUUUUGAAAACAAUUUUUUACCAAAUAUUGGCAAAGACAGACCUACUGUAUUAAUUUAUGAUGGUCACACGUCUCACAUUAGUAUUUCUUUGAUAGAAAAGGCAAUAGCUAAUGAUGUGAUUAUAGUGAAACUUCCGCCUCAUUCCAGCCAUCUGCUACAACCUAUGGAUUUAUGUGUUUUUAAGUCAUUAAAAAUGGCAUGUGAUGCAGAGCUCAUAAAAUGGCAGAGACAAAACUAUGGUAAGAAACUACCAAAACCUAUGUUUUGUACCAUUUUAUCAAAAAUCUGGUCACAAGUAAACCCUUCGUUACUUAUCAAAGGAUUUGAGAAAGGGGGGAUAUAUCCUUUUAAUAAUGAGGUCAUUCCCGUUGAACAUUACGAUCCAGAAGCAUAUAAAAGGUGGUGUGAUUCAAACUGCAAAAAUAACAAUCCGGAAGAAGCACAAGUAGCGCAACCAAAUUUACGAUCAACAUUAGAAGAGCGUUUUAAUUUGCCAUCCACUUCAACAGUACCACCAAUAACUCCGCAGACAUCGUCAGUAAAUUCAAUAAAUCCGGAAAUGCCAUCGACCAGUUCAGAACACCAGAAUCCGCCAGUUAACAACACAAAAAGUUUUGAGAGCAUUCUCUUAGAACAGCUAAAACAGAUGCCAAAACCAGCGAAAUCGAUCAGAAAGAGAGUAUGUAUAGGUGCCGAAGUUAUUACAUCCUUGGAAGCAGUUGCUAAAUUGAACGAGAAAGCAAACAAAAUUAAAAAAACCAGAGAAGUCGACAACUAA